ACCAUAUCGGCUCUAGGUCAACGGAAAGUAUGACCACAUACAGAAUGCAACGAGAUUUACCCUACUCGCAAAUACCUAUCGCUUUGGAUAACAAUCAAAACUAUAAACGAGCCUUAAAUGGAAUAACUGCUGCUCCGCGAGUGAUCAAUGGCAAAAAGAAUGCAGAGCAGAAACCGAUUAAAGCGAAUAGUAGCAUCGACAUUCAUUCAGCUAGGCGCCGAACAGUGAUACAAGCAUCGACCUCUGAACUGUUGCGAGGUCUCGGCGAGUUCAUUGCUCAAAACAGUGACAUUGCUGCAUUUGAACCGGCACAU